UUAAAGCUCUCGAUGUGAUGAAAGUACGAGCUUGCGAAACAUCUCUUCUCUUUAUUCACUUCUCGGUUUGCAACCUUUCCCCUAGGAAGUUGCAGGUUUCCUGUACACUGCCCCUUGCCCAUCACACACCCUUUUGGUUUUUGUCUGAGAGAUCAAGAGCAUGCAAAUAGCAGCAGAGAAUAGAUCUGGUACAAACACUGUCUGCUUCUAGGAAUCCCUGAACUUGGAAAACAGAUUGAUAAGCAAACACAAGUGCAAAGGAGAACAUAAUACUGUACAUUGCAGUAUUUUAUGUGCUGGUAUUUGUGGAAAUGUCUUCACAGGCACCUCCACUUUUCCUAAGUGAAACAGAUCCUUGCAAUGUGGUGGAUUCCCCUUUCAGAUACUCCCUCUUCACGGUGACCUAUAGCAUCAUUUUUAUCUUCGGCUUCAUUGCGAACUGUUAUGUCUUGUGGAUAUUUGUCAGAGUUUACGCUGCCAAGAAUCUCAGUGAAAUUAAAAUAUUUAUGAUCAAUUUGACAAUUGCAGACUUGCUGUUUUUAGUAACGCUUCCGCUAUGGAUUGUCUAUUACCAUUAUGAAGGGGACUGGUUUAUGCCUUCCUUCCUUUGCAAUGUGGCCGGCUGUUUUUUUUUCCUCAACACAUAUUGUUCCAUGGCAUUUCUUGGAGUCAUAAGCUAUAACCGAUUCCAGGCUGUAACGCGUCCAGUAGAAACUGCUCAGUCCACAGCAAGAAUAAGAGGCCUUUGUAUCUCAGCUGCUGUAUGGAUCCUUUUGUUUGCCAGCUCAUUAUAUUUUCUUAUUUUUCCUGGCACUAAUGAAGUGAACAUUAAUGGUCAAAAUUUCACCCGAUGCUUUGAAGGAUACAGUAUUGACAACAGAGAACCAGUAGCUGUUAUCCACUUUAUUCUGGUUGGGGCAUUUUUUGUUAUGUUUCUCAUCAUAUUAACCUGCAAUCUGGUGAUUGCCAGAACAUUACUUACACAGCCAGUGAAGUCGAGGAAAAGUUCAGACAUGAAGCAUAGAGCAUUGUGGAUGGUGGUCACUGUACUUGCUGUCUUUGUCAUAUGUUUCGUACCUCACCAUAUUGUAGAUGGACCCUGGACUCUAACAGUAUUGAGAAUGUGGCAUGAAAGAGAUUGCGAGUUCAGAAAAACAAUGAACAAUGUGCACCAAAUAACACUGUGCCUUAUGAGCACCAACUGCAUGCUGGACCCUAUCAUCUACUGUUUCCUCACAAAGAAGUUCAGGAAACAUCUCAGUGAGCGAAUCCAGAACAUUAAAAGCAGCCGAGCAGCCAUUCCACCUGUGAACCAAGAUCCUCAACUACUGAAUUUGGCAACUUGAAUCCUGGAAUCAGAAAGUCCUGAAAUUAGAUGACAAGUCUAAUUCACUAGACUAUAUGCACUUUUUAAAAUUAAUAUAUUUGCAAGGAUAUCUUUCCCUAAGGAUAGGUGAGUCAGUAAAAAUACUGUGCCAUUGAUUGGUUCACCUGUCCACAAACAAGAGCUACUGGUUGGUUCAUUUCUCCAUAUACAAGUCAAUGGUUCAAUUAUCUACAUAUUAAUCAAACAUUGGGCCAUUAAUUGAUCCACCAAUCUACAUACAUGAUUAAAAUACAGAGUUAUAAAUUAAUUGGUUGAGCUACCUAUACUGCAGAAUUUAAAUACUGAAACACUGAAGUAUUAAAUAACAUUUUAUUACAAUAUGGAGCCACUGAUUGGCUCACUUGUCACAUGUAAUUCUCAAACGAAUGGCUGACUUUGCAAAAAUAAAAAUGUAUGCAAAUGUAUAACUUUUAAAUGG